UGUGGGGAAAAGAUUUGCUCAGUCCAUUAUAUCCUCCCGCCGCAGCUGCUUCCUGAAACCGCCGGCUUUUCAUAGCCAUGUCCCCUCAACUUACCGACAUGCUUCGAGCCAUGCAUCAUCAUCAUCAACAUCAUCAUCAUCAUCAUCAUCAUCCAGAUGAUCAUGACGCCGAAAUGCCUGUGCAGCGUGUAGUGACCAGAGGCCAGCCCCGGCUUGACUCUUCGCCCAGCUGCUGAAAUGGAAACCGAUCCGCGUGUCCACGUGUUUGUGUCAUUUCCAUGCAAUUUGCAUAUGUAAACUGGCCUCGCCUAUUGCUCCGCGGCUGCACCGAAUGGACGAGGCGAUUCGUCGGCAGGGGCCAGGCGCAGCGGCGAAUGGGAGAGCCGCAGCGCGCCGGUCCCGCCCUCUCAGACACGUUGCUUCGGGAGAAGCAACACGGGGUUGAUCACUGGCUGUGGCUGCUGCCUCACCACUCACACGCCGCACACGUCCCUCACAUCAGCUGCUCCUCUCUGCCGGACGCUCCUGCCGGAUUCACAGCUUGAACAAAGGAGGAGAGGGGAAAACGACCGGCCGCCGCAUCCCGGGAAGGUCAGUGAUGGUCAGUGCUGGUUAGAGCCUGCAGCUGAGGAUGUCUGCUACAGAUUCGGACAACUCCAUCGACUGGCUGGCCAGCGACACCGAAGAAAAUGAGAGCGAGCAAGAGCCGGACUGCACCGCCAGGCGCAGCCAGAGAGAGGCCCCCCUGUCUGAGAGCAGCAGCGAGCCGAGCGAGGAGGACAACUGGUGCGAGGUCUCUGGUAGCAGGGGAUCGCCCGGCGGCACUGCGAGAUCGGACAGAGACUCCGGCAAUGGACUGUGCAAAUCGCAGCGCGGGGAAAAGGCAAACGGCAAGAACUCUCAACCGGUGAAAAGACCUCACAGCUCCACGGGAGAGCAGUGCAAGGAGCGGCAGCUAAUAUCCAACGCAUUGGAGAAAGAUCAAGUUUUUAUCAACAAGGUGAGCACCUCUGUGACUGUUGUGUUUUGUUUCUCACUGGAGGUGGUUGACGGCGCCAACAAAACUAGGACAUGCCCUAUCACCCAGAUCCACCCCCACACCAACAACCUGGGAACAUACUGUACCAUAGCUUUACCAGAGAAGCAGCUGCUGUUUGUGUUUUGGUCAGAGCAGCAUUACAUGUGCUUUACUGCAGAUAAUGGCCGUGUCCAGACAAGCUUAGAUUUUGGGAUCUUGGUCAGACCCGAACCUUAUGUGACCCAGUGCUUGCUGCUCACAGAAGCAGGGGAGGCUGUUCCCUUGUACAAACAUUUCACAGAGCCCAUCUGCUGCACAGACUCGGGGCCUGCUGUUGACGUGCUUCACGCUGCAGCUUUUCUUUCUUUUCCAGGGCUCAGCAGUUUCCAGGAGAGUGUGGCAAUGGACAGGAUUCAAAGGAUCAUGGGUGUUCUGCAGAACCCCUUCAUGGGAGAGAAAUAUGUUGAUAUCAUUCUGAAAAUGGAGGCAAUGCUGAAGAGCUGGUUCCCUCAUGUGAAACUCCAAGAACAACUCGCCGCCACACAGACAGAGGGACUUGUGCCCAGUAAAAGACUUAAGUUAUCUCCAAUAACGACGUCUGCAGCUGGGGGCUCCGUCUUUCGCAGCGAUCCUCCAACCGGCACCAAAGCUCUAAGGGUCACGGACCUGACUCCGCCCGAGGCCUACUCCGCCAACAACCUGAAGUGGCUCCACACGUCGCCUAUCUGCUCCCCCACAGCCGAGGAGGCCCAGGCUGGUCCCAGGCACCCGCUGUUGCCCAGAGACAAAGACCUUACGCAAGACAGUGCUGUUUCCUCCAGCACAGACGGCCACGCUAAGACAGACUCUGUGCCCCGAGGCCCGCCGCCAGGCAAAAUCAACGCGCCUUGCCUGGAACGGCUCCUUAAAUCCACAGACAGCAUCAUCACACGCAAGGAGACUGGGGGUUUGAUGGGCAGCAGCUGGUCCUAGUCCAAACACAAGGGGGGCUGGGGCGUCCGGCGGCAACGUGGCGUUCGACCCAGCCUCGCCUUGCCCCCAUCCUGCUCAGAGCCAGUCAGCCAGCUUCGCUCAUUCCAGCUUUCAAGAUUGCGUUCAAAACAACAAACAAAAAAAAGGGACAUCGCAGAUUCCUCUUCAGCACGGAGCGGGUGUCGACGAACACGCUGCUGUCUCUGACACGACGAGCGUCCGCCAUUUUCUGUUGACUUAUCCUCGUUUCUCUAGUUUGCAUUCUCGAGUUGCGUGUGUGUGUGUGCGCGUGUGGGUGUGCGUGCGUGUGURUGUGUGUGUGUGUGUGUGUGUGUGUGAGCGUCCAAAGGCUAGUCGACACGUGCGCUGAUAACCGAAGCAAGUAUUGUCAGAACUGGAGUCUUCCCGCCGGCUCCCGGGUUCAGUGAUACAGGUUUACACCAAUCUGCUGUUUUGCUUGGAAGGGAAGAUACGUUUUAGCUGGUAGGAAGGAUUUUCACAUAUUCAUACGUGGUCUACAUAUUGUGCUGAAAAUGUGGCUGAAAUGUGAUGGUAGAGACCCCUUUUAGCCCCCCCCCCCACACCCACUCCCCGCCCCGCCUCCCAGUGACUCCACUCUUAGGUUUAUUGAUGUGACUGUUACUCAUUUCUACUCUUCAUCGAUAAAUCCUUUUUGGUACAACUGUUCUACCUCAUCGAGCACCACGUCACGGCUAGUGAGUUGGGAUGUGACCACUUUGCUCAGAGUCUGGACCCCCUGAUCAGAUCUGCGGUGAGCCAAACGGCCUCUGACGGCGAGGCCGUGCAGUACAAACAGAGGAUGCUCUCUCUCUCUCUCUCCCUCUCUCUCUCCCUCUCUCUCUCUCCUGCUCUCUCUCUCUCUCGCUCUCUCUCUCCCUGUGGCCUGACUGGUGCCAUUGUAAAGAAUGUCAACUGUAGAGUUGUUUUUUCUGAGUCUCCCAGAAGAAGGCAAACAGUGCCUGCAAAGUCAAGCUGUGCCUGUGAGCUGGUCUGAUUGAAAAAGGAAAAGAAUAGAGAAGCGUUUAUAUUACCUGCACCUCUGUGGGAUGUAUGGAAUCAGGAAUUGUCACUCUCCUGCCAUUUUCCUGUACAAGUAAAUUAUUGCCAACUACUAGCUGUGGUGGAGUAGAACAACUAUCAUUUUGUGUUGCCACAGAACUAGACGGUGUGUUAGACCACCUGAGAGGGACAAGGGACGUGUCUGUGUAAAUCUUACUGCGAAGGUUGUCGAUUUACCCUGAAAAGUGGCCUUUAUAGUGUGAAAUUUUAUACUUUCUAAAUAAAUGUGGUUAUAUUUGUUUGAUGCAAA